GAACCGGCUGCAGCCGGUGCGUCGCGUCAGUGCUUCAACGAGCAAGUGCCCGCCACUCUGCCGCCCGUUUCCAUGUCACUGAAUGCAGCGGAGUGCAGCAGCUCGGCAUCUGGCUGCCCUGCGAAUUCGAGAGUCUGCGUGUGUGUCGAGCUAGGCCGAGGCGAGAAUUUCAGGUCGAGGAAUCCAUGGCUGUGGGCUGGCGAAGACGGGAGCGCAGGGCAGACUGACGGGCGAAUGCGGUCGAGGAAUAGGGGCGCAUGCAAUGCAAAGUGCAUCGUUCUCGGCAAUGGACAUUCGCGUCGGGUUGUCCUCCUGGGGCUCUUUAGUGAACAUUGGCUCUCUUGAUGCGGUACAUCUUUCGAUUGUUAUUCCCUCGCACGCUUAUUGGAAACUUUGUUAUGUUCAUAUGGUCGACUUGACCCUUUCUUUGAUGAAAUGAUUUGGAUGUCGGAGUUGAUGAUAGAAGUUUCAGCCCGUGACUAGUAAUUCCGACAGGCCACCGACUCCUAUACUUGGGGAAAGAAUCAGGAUUUUGUUGACCCGACUGUCUGAACCUACUACCGUUGUCUGUCUACAUGUUCUUAGUCGAUUUACAAGUUGUAAAUUCUCCUACACAUGGUUGCUUUCACAUUGCUAAGUCUACUCCGAGAAUUUUAUGUAGACGUGACCGAUCAGUAAAAUCUCUGCUUUAGACUCUGUAUCUUCUGGGGGAUCUCUAGUGUUACACGAAAUUCAGCACGUCUGGAGAGUUGUCGCAUGUUUGAAGGUCUUCGUCGCUCUGACCGUGCUUGUGGAUUCUGUUGAAGAAUUGGAGAUAAUCAAUACCACAGCUUAAGUGAAUUCCUGCUGUCCACCGUUGCUGCCGCGUAGUAAAUGUAGCCAAAAUACAUGAUUUCGAGAAUUUUUUUGCGGUUGGAAUCACAGUGUCUGGGAAGUGAUUAAAAAAGCUGCUCCGAGAAGGAGCGUCAUUUAAGCAUUAUGGGCCACCAGAUCAAAGGAAGGCCUCUCGAAGAGGUGUCCAAUCUCGGGCAAGACCGAAAAUCUCUCAAGAGUAAGCAGCUGGAGGACAAAGCUAAGAAUCCCAAAACUUCUACUCCAUGGCAUGCCAACAAGACUUCCACUCAGACAACAGAUGCAAAACCUGUUAAGGGCACUCCAUGGCACAGGACAAAAAACACCAUCAAGCACACUCCUCUCCCGGAAAUCAAGACGUUGAUUGUCACAAGCACUCCUCUGCAGGAAUUGCAUGCAGCUCAUUCGAGACUAUCGGACUCACUCAAGCAGGUAGACAGCCUGGUGGAGACUGCCCAUCGCUUGCGUCUUUCGAACCAGCUUUCUGAUGAAGAAACAAGGAGAAUAGCAUCGGCUUUUUCGGACAUGACGGAGUUGAUGAAGGUAUGGCAAAAGUUUCUCCAAAACGCUGAAGAAAGGCCGCCGUCACCACAAAAGCGAGAGGUUCUGAACCUUGCGGAGGUCACCUCGCCUCCAUGUGGCACACUGGAAGGAGUCUCCUUUUCGUUCCUGGACAACUCCAUCAGCAGCUCACCCCUUGUUCCUUGCAGUUUACCAUCUUCCCUCUUCUGCCUAACUCCCCUUGCUAGGCCUCAUCUUCCCAAGCGAGACCUUGCAGCUUUUUCUGGAGUCCAAGCUGUGCUGGAAACCAGCAGCAUAGGAUCGAAUUCAGAUGAAGUAUACUCAUUUUCAUCUUCACCACUGCGCGAACCUCAACCCCUUCCCUCCAGCCCUGGACCCAAUAAGUCCAUACCUGGCACUUCUCAUCUAAGCCCUCAACUCGAGAUCCCCAACUCACAAUCAUGUGAAGGUGAUUCACAAGCGCCUGAUGUUCUCAGCCCUCUACCUUCUACUCCGAAGAUUCUCUCCCCACCUCGUUCUGUCCAUCUGAAAGGACCCACUCCUAGCAGCGGAGGUUCUUCUGUCGGAACUCCGCCUCAUCUUCGAGAGCAACUAAAGAAUAUACCCGACAGUCCUCCAUCUGUUGACCUUCAAACACCCGCAAUACCCAAGGAGCUCGUCCUGAGGUAUCCAAGAUCUUUCGGCAAGAUGGGUUCCAUCGUGAGUCCCUCAACCCCUAUCCCUGAAACUCCAGGAUUCGGCAGUUCGCCACCCAAAACGUGCAAACCACUAGGAGUGUCGAAAAUGGGGUGUUUUGCCGAUUCUUCAGAGCCUUCAACUCCUUGUGUCACGGCCAAAAAGUAUUUCGAAACUCCGUAUGCCACACCAGGUUCUGUAUUGCCUCCCAUGACUCCAAUGAGUGUGUCCACCGGAAUGACGCCUCUAGUCGAUGACAUCACUGCCAGCGCCAUCCAACGUAUGGGAGUGAAAGGCCUGGAAGAAGAGCUGUGGAGAAAAUUGAAAGCUUGGAACAUCGAUUCCUCUUUGACAGGGCGAUCCUACGUCAAAUCAAGGUUGUCGUUCGGAGGCCCAAGAAAUACAUACGGCAUCGACCUUGCUUGUAUCGAGGAAACCUCCGAACACGGACCAGCUCUAGACUCUGUUUCGGAAGAGGGUUUUGCCGUUCGACGACGGGAUGCCUUUAUCUAGUUAGAAGACAUUCAUCUUGCUGUCUGUAAGCCACCACAUUCACAUCACGACCUCGACCUACGAGUUUAAAGUGCGGGAUCAUGUCGUCAAAUAGCUCAUUCAGUUUGCUCACUGCACGCCGAAGGCCAAGUAUCGAAGUUCUUCCAUGAGCUGUGCUCGGAUGUCUGCUCACCUGCUGUCGGGAUAAAUACAUAAGUAGCUGAGCCCUCCAGAGCCUUCAAUGCCGAUCUCUACACUUAUGGAGGCAAAGCUCGUUGAAUGUCGAGGGCACAGGGCGGAAGACAUUGCCUUGGACUGAUCUCCGCACAGCUUGGACAUCUCUCGACGUCACCAAAGCUUCAUCAUCGAAGAUGAAUGCAACAUGUCGAACCUCCAUGAUGGAGGCGCGUGAUGAGGUUCAAAGCAAAUUAUUUCUGUCUUCGGCUUGGUACGGGCUUCGAAUCUUAGUCGCUUUAAAGAAAUAAAAUGCUUAUUGUUUUGAAGUGCAACUUCAAGUUUUCAACAUAUUUUCGUUUUCUUAUCAAUUUUUGUAAAUCAGACGGAUCUUCGAAAUACCAUGAAUAUUCAUGUCAUCAUAUUUGC